AUGGCUUCCACAGUCGGGCCAGCGCGGCCAAAACAAAAGCUCUUCUCGACGGACUUCCUCAGCAACACAUGGGCGAAGCUCUUCUUUUUCAUCGUCGGCCUACAGGCUGUAAUUUGCGUGGCUUUUGAAUGUUAUGUGUUUGCGAGAUUCCAGUUCGGCCUUCAAUUUCAAGAAGGCGAAAUCCCAGAUGAGGCACAACGACGAAGGCUACAAUCGAGAUACCGUACGAUUCCGACUUUCUUGGCGCUCUUCAUCUUCGGAUUCCUCUACGUUUUGGUCUUGGCGUGGGACGCACUGCGGAUGAAGAACACGAUUCAGAUUAUUGGGCUGUGUGUGGCCAACCUGGCACUCUUUGUCUACACCAUCCUCCAGAUUGAUCAGAUUGAAAAGUCACUGGAUAUUCUGCAGGGUGCUUUACUCCUAAAGGACAGCGAUAAAGGUGGUGAUUCGAACAUUGUCUGGGCGCUGUCCAAACCCUUCUUGAUAGCCGUUCCAGCAAUCGUGGGCGUGGUCACCGUCGCCAUGUCCUGUAUCGCCUAUCAGCUAUACCGCGAGUUCGCUUGGGACAUUCUGAAGCAGAUUGGUGCUGACUACCGCAUGAAGAAGCGGUUCCUUCACUACCAGAUUUACAUCGCCCUCUUGAAGUUUGAUUUCUUCUUCUUUUUGGGUUUCACUGUGCAGUUCUUGGUCGUUGUCAACAACACCAAGAAUAACUUCGAGCUCGGCCUGCAAGUGGCGGCGGUUCCUAUCACGAUCGCCAUCCUUCUAUGCGCCGCCUUCUUUACGCAGCGCGAGAACAAGAUUGGAGUGACGUUGACCAUCGUCUUGUACUUCGGCGCGCUCUCUUACUUCUUCUUCAAGCUCGUCCGCAUUUACCAGCCCGGUCAUAAACAGGAUUACGAAGCCGUCCAGAAGUCGCUGACAGCCUUUGCUGUCCUGACCAUUCUCCUCAUCAUCUUGACCAUCAUCAACGGCUUCGUCUGCAUGAGCAACUUUGGCGCCGGGCUCAAGGACCACCUUCUUAAGCCGAGAUACUCCGACCCCGAGAAGGAAGACGCAAAUUCGUACCAAAUGAACGAUCAGAAGCCACCACUGCCAAGUCGAAUGACGAUUGACUAA